AAUAUUGUGAUCAAUGAUGUUGUUCAUCAUCGCAAUAUUCCUUCUGGUGGCCAUUUGUCUCGUUAUCUGCAUGUGGCUUCAAUACCCGACGCCCUAUUGCGACGUCCAGUUCAUCUUAACUCAGCUUCGCAGACAGCGAACUCUAUCGAUGUACGCGAAGAUGAAGAUACCGUUCACGAUAGCUGAUAAAUUUGAAGAACACGCCACGAAGUCUCCCGCCAAAACCAUGCUCAUUUUUGAGGGGAAGAAGUACACGUAUGACGACGUCAAUCGAAGAGCCAACAGGAUUGCAAGAAUCGCCCAACGGAUGGGGUUUAAACGUGGGGAUAAGGUGGCCUUCUUCAUCGGAAACGAACCUGCAUUCAUCUGGACCUUACUGGGUUUCAGUAAACUAGGUGUGACCUGCGCGCUCUUGAAUGUCAACCUGAGAUCGAAGGCCCUAUUACAUUGCUUGCAGAUCAGCGAAGCCGCUACUCUUAUCACAGUUACUGGCAACUCGACGGAGCAAGCAUUGGAAGAGGUCAUGUCGGACUUGAAAGAGAGGGAAAUUUCGGUGUGGAGCCUGGACCCCGAAUUCCCCGUCCCAGCUGAUCGUUCAGAGGAUGACCUUAACCCGCCCCGUGACGUCAGAGAUGGCCUCAACAUUCGAGAUGCCCUGGCGUACAUCUACACGUCAGGAACAACGGAGGGGAAAGGGAGGAUGACUGCUUACCAAACGUUAACAAAUAACAAACAAACAAACAAUAAAUCAAAAAGUAUAUACCGGGCCAGCUACUUUCAAUGCUCCAUUACAAAUUUGAAGAUAAAUAUGUUUACUUGCAUAUUGCCCAUACUUCAUGGCCACACACCUCUUAACUUAUGUUUUUGUUUUCUCGUUCAUCAUUCAGGUUUACCCAAGGCUUCUCGCUUGUCUCAUUACAAGAUGUUGGCCGGUGGAUUCAUGCUAGAAACAUUCAAAAUGAGCAGUGAUGACGUCAUGUAUAUCACACUGCCUCUUUACCACGUGUCGGCACUGUUCAUUGGACUGAGUAACGUCAUUAACGCAGGUGCUACAUGUGUCUUGAGACGCAAGUUCUCUGCAUCAAAUUUCUGGAGUGAUUGCCGCCAAAAUGACGUCACAAUGUUCAUGUACAUCGGCGAGCUCUUCCGCUAUCUAAUUGCACAACCAAAGGUUUUUAGUGAAAACGACGUUUUUGCCAAAAGCAGGGAAAGUCAAAUUAAAGAUAGUUUCUCUGGUAAAAAUGAUCUCGACGCUGUCAACAAGGUUCGCCUGGCCAUCGGUAACGGGUUGGGUGCCGACAUCUGGAAAGAGGUCAGCGACCGUUUCCGCAUCGAGCAAAUCGUUGAACUCUACGGAGCGACCGAGGCCAACUUCGGACUCAUGAACUUGGACAAUACCGUCGGGUCAGUAGGAAGAUGGCCCCCAAUUCUGCAGGCGGUGUGUAGGAUUGAGCUUAUCCAGUAUGAUUAUGAAACAACACAACCCAUUCGAGAUGACAAUGGCAGAUGCAUCCCAGUUACACCAGGUGAAACUGGUCUGCUGGUAUGCCCCGUCAAUCGGAUCUUCCCUCUAGACGGGUACGUGGGAUGCAAGUCACUCACGGAGAAGAAACUUAUACGAGACGUGAGGAAAGAAGGCGAUGUCUUCUUCAACACAGGUGAUCUUCUGGUUCGAGAUAAGAACUUCAAUCUCUACUUCAAAGAUCGGAUUGGUGACACUUUCAGAUGGAAAGGAGAGAACGUAGCUACAACUGAGGUUUCCCAAACCCUGAACGAACUGCCAGAAAUACUGGAAUCCAGCGUGUAUGGAGUUGAAGUACCAGGUCACUAUGGAAAAGCGGGCAUGGCUGCCAUAUCACUCAACCCGGGAUCAGACUUCAGUCCAGCUGUUACAUUUAAACACAUCACCUCCCGCCUACCCAACUAUGCAUGCCCACGAUUCAUCCGUAUCAUGGAACAACUGGAGCACACAGCUACUUUCAAGCAGAAGAAAACCAGACUGGUACAGGAAGGUUUUGACCCAAGAGUGGUGUCCGAACCCAUCUUUGUGUGGGACCAAACUCAAGAAACGUAUGUCUUGCUAGAUAAUGAGCUAUACGAAAACAUUCAAAAUGGCAAUAUGAGAUUAUGA